AUGAGUGAGUCGGACGAAGACAUUUAUAUAACACAAAAUAAGUUUAGCGGCGUGGUAUUUCCAACAAGUGAGUUGGAUGAAAUUCUCGGUAAUACAGCAGGAGAGUUUGUUUACGAUAACGAAAGCGAAAAACAAUCUCUGGACAAGCGUAUCGAAGCGACAAGUUUUUCGAGAGGAGUUACCGCCCUAAAUGACUCAGGUGUUGGCGAGAAAUAGCGAACGCAUACCACUAAACACUAAAAAGACAACAUUGUGGUGUUUAAAUGUUUGGGACGAGUGGCGAAAUGAACGAAAUACUGCUACAGAGAAUUCUGCUGAUGCUGGUGACCGAUUUCGCGUAGUUCCGCCAGCCGAUUUGUUACAUUUAUGUAGUGACUACGAACUGUGUUUCUGGCUGAGCAAAUUUGUUUACGAGGUUCGUAAGAGAGGGGGUGACGAAUAUCCGCCAAAUAGCAUAUACCAAGUGUGUGUUGGUAUUCAAAGACAUUUAAGAGAUAAUUAUAGGCCAGAACUAGAAAUAUUCAAACAUGCGAAUUUCAAGAUUUUUCAAGAUGCUAUCGAUUCGCAGAUGAAAUCAUUGACAAGAAAAGGAGUCGGGGUGACAAAAAAGCAAGCAGAGCCAAUUAUGGCACAUGAAGAAGAGAUGUUGUGGGCAAAGGGUCUGUUGGAAGAUGCUGACCCGAGAACUUUGCUUAAUACUCUUGUGUUUUUGUUUGGAAAAUUCUUUGCCCUGCGAAGCGGAGAAGAACACAGGAACUUGACAUUCAUGCAGCUCAAUGUAGUUGGAGGUGAUGAGACAGAACGAGAAAGACUGCAGUACAGAUGUCAUGGAGAGAAGAAUCAUGGACGUGGUAUUAAAGAUCGAAGGGUCAAACCAAAAGUCGUUGAACAGCAUAUCAAUCUAGAGCAAAGUGAAAGGUGUGUUGUGAGAUUAUUUAAAAAACAUAUUUCAAAAUGCCCAGAAAAUAUUAAGCGUAAUGAAGUGUUUUAUCUUACACCAAUAAAAAACUGUAAACCUGCAAGUGAAGUGUGGUACACUAAAGUGCCAAUCGGCAAAAAUACUCUUCGUAAUGUAGUUUCAAAUUUGUGUAAAGAGGCUGGAAUUGAAGGGUAUAAAACGAAUCAUACUUUAAGAGCAGCAGCUUGCUCGUUAGCGUUGUCGAAAGGGGUGCCUGAAAAAUUAAUUAUGGAUCGAACAGGCCAUAAAAGUUUAACUUCACUACACACAUAUCAAAGAGUUAGUGCAAAAGAUAAGGAGUCUGUUUCUGACAUUUUGCAGGGAGGAAAGGACUGUUUUAUGGACGAGCCAAUUACAAAAAAAGCCAAAGUAGAUAAGAGUGCUAAGGAGGGUAAACCGUGUAAUAUCAAUUCGACGAAUUGUUCGGUUUUAUUUAAAAUGUAA